CAACUCAAACAAAUCAAAAAUGGAUGCGCUACAAGCGUAUAGCGACAGUGAACACUCAGAUAAUGACGUCAGUAUGGAUCAGAUCGCAAAAGGGAAAUCAUCGGCAUUGCUGGAAAGAGCCAUCGUCACUGCUCCGGACGUUGAGUCAAAAAGUGCAAUUCGACAAGUAGCGAUUGUCGAUCCAAAGACUAAAGAGAUUAAAUCAAAUCCAAAAUUUGAUCAGCUCUUCAAGCCAGAAUCUGGGCCAGUGAAUCAUUUUAAAUCAGAGCAAUUCGGAACAACUCGCUUCGUGGGAGACGUCAAAAAAGCAGAAGCCGAGAAAGGAGUUUCACUUUUUGAAUCAAAAAAGACUGGUGGAGAGCAGAGAAAACGCGUUGGAAAUGAUGAUUCGGCAGAUAUUGAUGGAUAUAGUGGUCCAUGGAGUCGAUAUGUUGAUGAAAAGACUGUCGCAAAACCAACACCAGAACUUCAGAAACAAAUGGAUGAAAUUGUGAAGAAGGGUCAAGAAAAGAGUAGAAGAUUGAAGAAAGAGAAGGAGGAUAGUGAGCAUAUGGCUGAAGAGAGCUCCACGCUUCAUUUGAAAGAAACCGUAGAUUACUCAAUGGACACAAAGAUUAAACUAUGGGAAGUGUAUGAUCGUCAACGAGUUGUCAGAACAUACUCUGGACAUAAGCUUCCUGUUCGUGAAGUGGCAUUCAAUAAUGAGGGUACAGAAUUCUUAUCAGCAUCCUUUGAUCGAUACGUGAACACUGGACAAAUUAACGGCUCAUUAGAAUGUGGAAUUGAUUUGCAUUUUUUUGUAAAAAAAUUAUUAUUUUCCCACUAUUUUCCCCUAUUUUUUUGACGUAAAAAAAUGAACUGAAAUUUAUAAAUUUUGUCUA